AUGUAUCGCUAUAUUGAAAUAUCGUUUAAUCGCGCAUCGCGCCAUCGAGAGUUGACUGUACACGGUCUUGGAGGUGAUAGAGCCAAGACCUGGACUUGGGAGGGGGACGGUAGGAAGCAUUUUUGGCCGAAAGACCUCCUACCGCAAGCUUGUCCAACGGCUCGAAUUCUUUCUUUUGGUUACAAUGCUGAAUUCGCCCACUUCUUUCCGUUCUAUGGCCCAAAGUUUAUGCCGGAGCAGUUGACCAUCGACGACCAUUCGACAGCGCUGUUCCAGAGCCUGAUUGGUCUGCGUGAGAAAACCAAGACCGCAGAUCGCCCGGUGAUUUUCGUCUGUCAUAGCCUAGGGGGCCUUGUUUGCGCCAACGCGCUGUCAAGGCACCACGGGACGGAUCUGGCCGGCGCAAGUCUCGUGGAGAAAACGAUUGGGGUUGUCUUUCUUGGAACACCGUUUGAAGGGUCUUCGAAGGCGAAGUGGGCCGGGAGGGCUCUCAGAAUGCUGGACUGGGUAAGCACGACACACAAGGAUGAUGUGAAAGAUCUUGAAGAGCGCUCGGCAAAGCUCAUGAGCAUCAACGAUGCUUUUCAGAAAUUUCUCAAAGCGCGAGACCGGUCAGAAGCAAGGCGAUUCGUUGAGGUAGCUUGUUUCUUCGAGCAGUAUGUCAUGUACAAGGCUGGGAAAAAGAUUGGAGUCAUCGUACCUAAGGAGUCAGCUUGUCUUCCCGGCAUCGAUCCGCAGUCGAUCCAAGCUAACCAUGUCGACAUGUGCAAGUUCGAAGACGAAGACAGGGAGGGAUACAAGAACAUUUCACAACGGUUGAGUCAAUGGGUAUCGGAUCUCGACAAGCGGCAUGGGGGUUCUACUGCUAAGAGCCAGACGCACUCGGUGUUCAUGGGCGACGUUAACUACCAAGACAAGAUUGAGAACAACCGAGGGGUGGUAAUGGGCCAUGCCCACAGCACGGCCACAGACGGGGUUAGAAUAACUGGAAGCAGUACCAGCAACACAUAUAACGGCAUUAACCCGAAUGAUUUCAGCGCGACCCCUGGAUAG